AUGAAGAGUAUGGCUGAAGAAGAGUACGCCACGCUAACGAAGACUAUGUCCAAGUUGGUAGAGGACACGUUCCCCGCUCUUCUUGUGCCAGCUUCCAAGACCUCCCAUCUUUCCGCCAUCCUCGAGAUUCGCGCAGGCGUAGGAGGAUCAGAGUCCGCACUUUUUGUUGAAGAUUUGAUCGGGAUGUACACUGGCGCCACACACUCCAUGGGCUGGAGCCUCACAGUGCUCAAUGCGAAUCCUCUUGACGCAGGGGGCAUCAAGGACGCCAUUGUAGAGGUCAAAGGCGAGGGCGCAUACGACGCUCUGCGAUGGGAAAGUGGCGUCCAUCGGGUGCAGAGAGUACCGGCCACCGAGUCGAACGGGCGAGUUCAUACAAGCACCGUCAGCAUCAUGACUCUGCCUUUGAUCGAAGAAUCCUCUUCGAAGAAUCCUGAUGACGAGCUCUUCAAAAUGGACGAUGUCCGGAUCGAAGUUAUGCGGGCUAGGGGGGCUGGUGGGCAGCAUGUCAACAAAACGGAAUCAGCCGUUCGCCUCACCCAUGUACCCACGGGUAUUACUGUGUCUAUGCAAGACGAGCGGAGUCAACAUCAAAAUCGCAGACGAGCUUUUCAAGUGCUCCGUGCGCGCCUCAUGGACCGAAAGUUGAAUGAAGACAUGGUUCAGCGGCGAGAAAUGCGCCGCAGUCUGGUUAGCAGUGCAGACCGAAGUGAGAAAAUCAGGACAUAUAACUACGCCCAGGACCGAAUCACAGAUCAUCGGAUUGCGUACUGGGAUUCCGUGCGAUUAAAUGAGAUCCUCAUGUGUGCCGGGUUCGUUGCUCAUACCCGCUACCGUCUGGCGACUCAGCCUGUGUCUCAUAGGCUACAUAGCAUGCUUGGUAUUUGGAAAGACGCAGAAGCCGCUGCUUCAUCUACUUCAAACUCAAGCAAGGGCUCGCCAAGGGCUCAUGAAAAUGAAUAUCCCAGCAAAAAACGGAACAUCACGCCCUCUUCCGCUUCCCCCGAGUCACAUGGAUUACCACGCCCAGCGACCAGUCCGGAGGAGGUAUACACAGAGGUGACGCAAGGAAAUGCAAUCGUCAUCAUCGAGAGCCUUGAAGAAAAGAUGCGCAUGUUCAGAACAGCACUCGGUCAGAGCAUCGUCAUUCGUCAAACAAUAGCAAAUACUGGGAGUCAUCGUAUCAUUCUUUUCGUAGUCGAUGACGAUAAUUCCAUCGAUCAAUACGCCGCAGCGCUAGAGAGCAUGGACUUCACAGUCGGAUCUUACACGCUCCCCAUGCAUACAUCUGGUCAGAACCAGUGGCCCAAUGUCAUCUUCAACGACAUAGUUGUCGUGCCUGCCAAUGCAAGUGCCUUCUCCUACCCGGCUCUCGAGGACGGCAACGUUAAGCUCUCUCAAGCUCAUCUCAUCGUAAUCAGCGAUGCACAGCGCGUAGUCCCGAUGGUCAAUCCCCACCCAGUUCUGCGCAUAGUGUCAGAACAUUACUACGCCAAGACGACAGAUCGUCCUCGAAUCCUGGCCACACUUACAAGCCCACCAGACCGCUGGCAACACAUAGACUUGCAGCACCUUGAGCAAUCUCUGGAUGCACGGUCGUUCUUCCUCGUCACGAAAUCCCUCGAUUCUUGGUUCGGUCCAAUGGAGCUCGUCACGGAGUAUGAUUCGCUUGGUCCCCUACCUAAGGACAGUCCACUAUCCUCCGACCUGCGAAAGGCAGAUCCAAACGGGGUCGUUCUCAAGGACCACCACUUCCAAUGCGCCGGCCGCAUUUUCUCACAACUCGGGAAUCACGCCACCAAGCUCUACUGGCGAAGCGUCUACGAUGAAGUCUCCCGUUCCCCCGAUGAUGAGGUGACGCUCACGAAGAUGGACGUUCUAACGAACAUGAUGGGCGAGUCGUUGAACAUCGACAUAGCUUCCCCCGCGUUCAAUACUACUCCAAAAAUGGUGACGCUGUUGCAGAUCCUACAGACAUGUGCCCAAUACGGAGACAACUUCCGCGGUGCGAUCUUUGUCAAUGAUGCCCUUGUGGCGGACAAGUUGACGGAACAACUCAACUCAAACCCCGGGAGAUUGUCUUUUAUACACGCCUCCACCGUGCGUAAGGGUCAAGAGAAUGACGUUCUCGGAGCCUUCGAUGCUGGAGAUUACAACCUCCUCGUCCUCACAAGAUCGUUCGCAGACACCGAUUCCUUACAAUGUUCCGUUGUCAUCUGCAAAGGUCGCCAUUCACAUCUUAUACAUAUGGUUGAAAAGGGCAACAACGAGCACAGAAACCUUCUCGCACGUCUUCUAAGCAUCGACGGCGAUCUCAAAACUUGGAUCGCAAACGCGGCUCAUGGUACAAGCAGGGUGCCUCCAAGAAGUACAUGGAUCAGCACAGAUCCUUACAAGUCAGAGGAUGAACAACACGCCAAGAAUGAAAUAGUGGAUCCUACAACUGGCGCAAGAGUGGACAAAGCAGAAGCCGUCACCGCGAUGUAUCGAUACAUAGCAGAAGUUGAUGGCGCCAUGCUCCCCGGUGAGAUCAACGUCUCACUAACCGUGGAAGAGGGGUCGGACAGCGAAGAAGGGCUCUAUAGUGAGCUCGCCAGCGUCGGUCUCCUGUCUCACCGCCACUUCCCUCACCCCCGCACCCCGAUACUCACCUCCGAGCCGAACCCGACCUCGCUCACCCCUCUCACCCCGGUCCAGACCGCCAACACCUCGGCGCAGACGCACGGCUACCCCCGCGCGACGCCCACCUUCUGGCGCCACCCCCUCCCCUCCCCGUCCGACCUCUCCGCGGAGCCGACGACGCUCUACCCGACCGUGCUCGUCCCGGACUCCACCUCCACCGGCGCCGCGCACGCUCCCAUCGCGCUCCUCACGCGCGCGCCGCUGCCCCCGCUCGCCGGCCUCGCGCUCUUCCCCGACGGCCACCGCACGGACGUGCACGCGGAGCGCGCCGCGCCGCUCGUCGUCUCGCCCGCGCAGCUGCGCGACCUGCACGGGUACACGCUGCGCGCGACGCGCUCGCUCACGAACAAGCCGUUCGACUGCGGCUUGGGAGGCCUGCUCGCGUACGUCGCGCCGCUCGCGGGGGAGUGGCGCGCGACGAGGGACGCGCGCUGGCCGCUGCCGCAGCUCGCCGCGCACGUCCCGUGGGACGCGGUGCGGCUCGCCGCGGACUUCUUCGCCGUCCCCGUCCUCGGGGGCGCUGGGGGCGCUGGGGUCGAGGGGCUGGACGAGAUGCUGCAGGACGCGAUUGUGAUCGACCGGAAGGUCGAGCAUACGCUGCGGCACUUUGUGGUGAAGGUGAGGCACGACUUGACGCCGUCGAGCAAGGCGGAGGACAGCCCGCGGGAGGCAGAGUUCUCUAGCUUCUUGGAGUACUGCAAGGCGCGACGCAAGGACUUCCAGGGCCUCGAGUACGACAACCAGCCCAUGAUUGAAGUCAGCGCAGUACCCAGUGCCGCCAACCUGCUGCAUCCCACCGGGAACGGCCCAACUACCCCAACGGCACACCCCUUGAAAUACCUCAUCCCCGAGUUCGCCUACAAGUUCACAAUCCCCGCCAGCACCUACCGCACGCUCCUCCUCCUCCCCUCCCUCUCCGACAAGCUCGACGCGCUCCUGCUCACGAAGGAGCUCAACGCGCGCCUCCUCCACGGCGCCGCGCUCGAGCCCCUGCUGCUCGCCGCGCUCUCCGCGCGCGCGGCGUGGACGGACGCCAACUACGAGCGCCUCGAGUUCCUCGGCGACGCCUUCCUCAAGGCGCUCGCGUCCGCGCACGCGUUCGCCGCCGCGGCGCCGGGCACGGGCGUCGGCGCGCUCCACGCCGCGCGCAAGGACGUGGUGAGCAACCGCGCGCUGCGCGCGGGCGCGACCGCGGUCGGCCUCCCGAGCUUCGUGCGCCACAAGCGGUUCGUCGCGAAGAUGUGGCACCCGCCCGUGCGCGGGGAGGGCGCCGCCGCCGCCGCCGCGGUGGAGCGGAAAUGGAGGACGCGGAGGCCGGUCGGAGGGGAGAAGAAGGGCGGGAAGGACAAGGGGAAGCGGUCGAAGAAGCAGCGGCAGCUCGAGGAGCUCAACACGCUCUGGAUGGGCGACAAGAUCGUCGCGGACGUCGUCGAGGCGAUCCUCGCCGCCGCUUUCCUCUCCGCCGGCCACGAGGGCGGGCUGCAGGCCGCGCGCAGCCUGCGCGUGCCGCUGCCCAACGUCGCGCAGUGGGGAGACUUUGCACGCAUCCUGGCGCAGAACGACGCGGGCGCGCGGGGCAAGAGGGGAGCAAGGGCGACGAGAGCAUGCUUGGGGCGAAGGGGCUUUGGUGAGGGUUUUUUCCGAACAAUCGGAGAUAUGGAGCUGAUGAUGAGGUUCAGACGCAUGUGUCCAUUGGACACGGGCAGGAUUAUGAAAAACUGGAGUUCAUGGGCGAUGCAGUGCUCGACUUUCGCCGCGAUGGUGUCGAACCACGCGCUCGCCGCCUUCUGUGUGCACGCGAAUCUGCACCACCACAUCCGCUUCGAGUCACCUGACUUGCGCGACGCGAUUGAAAAGUACGUGGGCGCGCUUGGCGCGCUCCGCAAGAAGGAGUACACGAGCGCGGAGAGCGAGCAGCGCCUGCCCGGGCAGUACUGGCUCGAGCUGCCCAUGGAACCGCCCAAGGUGCUCUCGGACGUCGUCGAGGCGCUCGUCGGGGCGCUCUACGUGGGCGACAACUUCUUCGAGCCCAGCGUCGGUCGCUUCUUCGACGGCGCGUUCCGGCAGUUCGUCGAGGCGCACAUCCGGCUCCAGACGCUCUCCGCGAACCCGAAGGCGACGAUUCUCGAGCUCCUCCAGGCCGAGGGCUGCCAGGAGUGCGCGGUCGUGAAGCGGCCGUCGGUGAAGGCGAGCGGCCCGGUGCAGAUGGAAGUGGUGAUCCACGGCAAGGUGCUGGCGAGCGCGACGGACGCGUCGGCGGCGGUCGCGACGCGGCAGGCGUGCAUGGCGGCGCUGGACACGCUCGCGACGGACCCGGAGCUGCUGGCGCGGACAUGCGACUGCAAGGCGGUUCCGCCGGCAGGGGCGAAGAGGUAUACGCGCAUCUACAAAUAUGUAAGCCGCGACGAAGGGGACGGCGAAGCCGGUGGCGAGGUAGACGAAGACCUUGGCACCGAACGCGGUCUUGUUGGAGUAGUUGAAGGGGACGGCCUGGACAAAUCGCACGGGGGCGGCGCGGGGCGCGCGGAGGGCGACGUGGCGGAGGGGGCGGCGGAGCGGGCGAGGAUGGACAUGGUGUUACAGGCGAGGGAGGCGCAGAAUGUCCUGCAGCAGGUCACAACCAGCGCCCAAUGGCGCGCUGUUCGCUCCAUGUUCUCCUCCGACCCUCUCGUGCUCGGACAUUGUGACGCUACGGCCGACCGCGACGCCUCGCACCAAGAUGCUUUGGCCGCAUCGCUCUCUCUCGACCGUGGUCCUGUUGGCAAGUUGGCCUAUGAACGCAAUCUUGUGAAGUACGGCCGACAUAAACGCCAGUCCAUGAGGUUCUACGCGUUCGACUUCAACGAGCUCGACAUCCUUCCAUCCCAGGAGACGGAUGACGGGGCUUCCUCCACCAAUCUCCAACUGACGGCUACCUCAGCAUGGACCCAACUCGCUUACACUCCCCUUCGACUCGCAAGAGCCACGUCUUCGAUGGCGAAGUUUUGUCUCAGGCAAGCACUCGCACUCGUAGAGCGCGAAGCAAAGACUGCGGAGAUACCUCCUAGUAUUCCCGGGACACCCGAUCCCAACACUCACCGUGGCUCAAUGCCACUCAAGCGCUCAGGGAUUUCUGAGCACUGCCUAUCGAUUUUCGAGGAUGAUCUCCACCACAGGUUCCACAACUGCGUCUGGCUUGUAUUGAACGACGCGAUCAUUGGCGUUGCGUUCGGGACUUUCCUCUGUGAGAACCAAUACUUUCUCGCACGAUGGCUCCAGUACGGGCUCCGUAUAUACUUGGUUGACGGCAUGGAAGACGCUCUGCUUUGGCUCAACAACUGGCCCGCAGGUCUCAAGCUCAAUACUGAGUUGAGCCAGUUCUACUGCCACUCCCUGAUCGGCUUUGUCUCUGCUUGGGGAUGCUGUCUCGGGAUGACCACCAUCGUCUCCCUACUGUCGGACGCGCUCAGCCUGCUCACCGCGCACCUCUACUUGUGCUACUUCAUCUCCGCAACAGUCUUCAGCAAGCGAUACAAUGUCCUGCGGAACCGGAUCGACAGCUGGGAUUACGACCUCGAUCAGCUACUGCUCGGCACCAUCCUCUUCACCCUCGUCGCGUUCCUGUGCCCCACAGCUCACCUACUACGCCCUUUUGCAACGGCAAGGCUCACAGUGAUUGUCGUCCACGCCGGCUUGGACACACUGACGGCGCUGCUCAAUCACUUCCCUCUGUUCGCUUUAAUGCUACGGGUAAAGGACCCGUUGCGCGUGCCAGGGGGAGUGUGCAUACAGCGGUCCCAAGGGACCGCUCAUCCUAUCUCACAUCUCGCCGGGCGACUGGCGGGGCACUACCACCCUGUGCGGAUGCUCCGGCACCUCGCGUCUGGCCGUCUACUUCACCCCAUCCCGCGCUCGGAUAUCCGGUACAGCAUGAUCCCCUCCCCGAGCGAACACAUCCCUCGCGGAACAUAA